AUGGGGGAGAUCUCUGCACAGGUACACCCCAUCCUGCAACAGGCCCAGGGUGGGGUGUACCUGGGCCUGUUGCAGGACGGGGUGUACCUGCAGGAUUGGGUGUACCCUCACUCCUUGCUCCUCGGAUUGGUCCCUCGCUCCUCGCCCUCGUCCCUCGCUCCGCGCUCACUCGCUCCACGCCCCUCGCCCCUCACGCCCCCUCGCCCCUCCUCGCUCGCCACUCGCCCCUCACCCCUUGAACCUCGACCCUCGCUCCUCGAUCCUCGCUCCUUGCCCCUCGAUCCCGCCCCUCGCCCGACCCUCGCUCCUUGCUCCUCGUCCCUCGCUCCUCGCCCCUCGUCCGUCGUCCCUCGCCCCUCGCUCCUAGUCCCUCGCCCUUGCCCUCGUCCGUCGUCCCUCGCCCCUCGACCCUCGAUCCUCGACCCUCACUCCUCGAUCCUAGUCCCUCGCCCCUCCCCCCUCGAUCCUCGCUCCUUGCUCCUUGUCCCUCGCUACUCUCCCCCUCGCCCCUCGCUCCUAGUCCCUCGGCCCUCGAUCCUCGCUCCUCGACCCUCGCCCCUUUCCCUCGACCCUCGCUCCUCACUCCUCGACCCUCGCACCUCGUCCCUACUCCCUCACCCCUCGAUCCUCGAUCCUCGCCCCUCGCCUCUCGCCCCUCGACCCUCGCUCCUCGCCCCUAGUCCCUCGCCCCUAAUCCCUCGCCCCACGAUCCUCGCUCCUCGUCCCUCGCUGCUCGUCCCUAGUCCUCGCCCCUGCUCCUCGCCCCCGCGUUCAGAGCUCUACUGA